AGGGCUGGCGGCUCCGAUUUGAGUGCAGCCCCAGCCCGGGCUUGAAGGUCCGGCCGAGCAGAAGCGAGACCCUAGCAGGGUCACAGAAAGCCCUGCGUGCGCCUUGCAGAAGCCGCUCCAACGUUGUCACCGGUAACGAUCACCGUCACCUCGUCUAUGGGCUUAUGUGACCUCAUCUGCAAAACUGGGCAACCUGCUCUGCCUACCUCCUGGGGAGAGAGACGGCGCGAUUGUGACAGAGGCUGGAAAGCGCCUGGAAAAUCGUAGAGCACCUGACCACUGACUGGAGGUGUUCCGAUUACGACUCUCGGGGUGGUACCUAAGUAGUUGGGAAAAUACGCAGCAGUUGUUAAAUUUCCACCGAAUUAUCAGCUAUCUAGCUCGGAGGAGUCUCCAUCCUCCUUAACUGCCAUCUCAGCAUUUUGUGGGGGAAGUGGGCCGGGUCUCUUUGCAGUUCAUACUCAUCAAGAAACUAAGUUUAUCUGAAAAGCCUAGAUGGAUCUGUUAAUGCCCCCACCUCAGAUUUACGUAGAAAGAACACUGGCUCUUAUCAAACCAGAUAUUGUGGACAAAGAAGAGGAGAUAGAAGGUAUCAUCCUCAAAUCUGGAUUCACCAUUGUUCAGAGAAGAAAAUUACGUUUUAGCCCUGAACAGUGUAGCAACUUUUAUGUGGAACAGUAUGGGAAAAUGUUUUUCCCUAAUCUAACCGCUUACAUGAGUUCAGGUCCACUUGUUGCCAUGAUAUUAGCAAGACAUAAUGCAAUCUCUUACUGGUUGGAUCUUAUGGGACCAUUCAAUAGCUUCAAAGCUAAGGAGACACACCCAGACAGUCUAAGGGCAAUCUAUGGAACAGAUGACCUAAGGAAUGCACUUCAUGGAAGUAAAAAUUUUGCCUCAGCAGAAAGAGAAAUUCGAUUCAUGUUUCCUGAAGUGGUUAUUGAACCCAUCCCUGUUGGAGAAGCUGCUAAGGAUUACCUGAACUUGUAUGUCAAUCCGACUCUGUUGGCUGGACUCUCAGAGCUUUGUAAGCACAAACCAGCAGAUCCCUUUAUUUGGUUGGCUGAUUGGUUGCUUAAAAAUAAUCCCAACAAACCUAAAUUCUGUUACCAAGAAAUUGUGGAAGAGUCUAAUGAAAAUAAAACAUAUUGAAACAUACUGAAGAACUAAACUAACAAGAACUGUUGUGUUAUUCUAAAAGACUUUUAUUCAACUGACUUUUUGUUAACAUGAUUUCUUAAGUAAAAUAUGGAUGAUAAGGAA